UCUUGCUGUAUGAGGCAGAACUCGUUUUUCUGGUGAAGCGUGCCAGUUCUUUCUGCACUGGAAGUCCUACGCUACUUUUUUGCAGCAAGCACCAGGAUCUCCCUUCUCAAGCAGGCGUCUGAAAAGCAGGGAGUGAGCUAUGACCCAACCAAAGCCCAGCCUACUUCAGCUGCCCUUCCCCGAUAUCUGGAAAUAUGGCAUGUUGGCACUGUCUGUUCUCCUGCUGCUGGUGGCAUUAAUCAUUCUGACCUGCCAACUGAGCAGAUGCCGGAAAUCCAGCAGAUUUUGGGAAGAAAGAAAAUUUGCCAAUGAAGUCCAGAGAAGGAUACCAGAAGAGCAUGCCUUCGAGGGGGAAAGAUUGCAAACACCUCUUCUCGGCAUCGCUCGAGAAGCACACCUUUCUCAUUUUGUCCAGAUCCAAAGAAUCCAAAAGGAGCUCAAGAAACUUGGGAUCUGCUUUUCGCCAACAGCUUCAGAAAAUAGCCACGAAAUGGGCAACAUGAGUAGUGACGCAGUUGUUUCUGAUGAGUAUCCAGGCAAACUGAAGUUCUCACUUCUCUACAACAAAGAGCAGCUGGAGCUCCUCUUGACCGUCACAGGAGCCCUGGGCCUACCCACCCAAGGGUGCACCAACACCUUUGUCAAGGUUAGGCUGCUGAGCGGGGCCCCCUCCCAGUCUCCUGAUCUCCAGUAUAUUGUCCACGAAUGGCAGACCCACGUGGCAAAGAACUCCAGCAGCCCAGACUUUGGGGAUCAGUUUACUUGUACCCUGCAGGAGGCCGAACUGACAAGGAGCAGCAUCAAGUUACAGGUUAAACACUUUGACAGAUAUUCCCGACAUAUGCCUCUGGGGGAAGUGAGAAUAGCUCUGAAUGCACUUAAUGCUUCCAGAAAGAUUGAAUUCUGUGAAGAAUUACAGAAGGCGACAAAGGACACAGUCGGAGAAGUUCUUGUGUCACUGAAGUGUCUUCCGAUCUCUCAGAGGAUAGAAGUUGGGCUACUGAAAGUGAAAACUGCCUUCUUGUACAACAGUCCAGAGAAACGUAUAUAUGCAAGGAUCGAUGUCUUCUGCAAUCUCCAUAAGCAGAAGCAUCAGAAAUCCAAGCCCAAGACCCUGGCAUCAAUUACUGUCUUCAAUGAAACAUUCCUGUUCCACCUGCCUCAGCCUAUAGUUUGGGAUUGUGCUCUCCUCAUUUCCAUUUAUGAGCUGCAUCCCAGAAGCAAGCAGCUUGUAGGACAGGCUGUGCUGGGGAAACGAGGACCCAACGAUAUGAAUGACCACUGGCAUCGCAUGGCACAGUCCACCCAGCACCCUGUAGCUAAGUGGCACCCUUUGCUCAUUUAAAAGGAGGAUUUCGCAGCUAUGUGGAUGUGCCCAAACUUUCUUCCUUAACACUAGGAGCUACUGCAGCAUCCAAGCACAUCCUCUUAAGCAGAGGUGAAUAAUGACCGACAGAGUUUAGUCAGAGCAGCAGUAGUAGAGGCCAAAUGGCUUCUUUCAUGCAAAACUUAUUUCUUUUCAUUCUCACAGGUGUUUCCAUUGAAGAAAAGGAUUUUCUCCAUCACUGUCACUGUGCCACAUGUGCCCCAUAACACUAAGAAAAAAGCAGGCAACUCUCCUGCCAAACAAACAAACAAACAAGCCAAAAUAACUGUAUGUUUUUUAUUGGUGCCAAAGAUGGGUGUUCUGAGGGCUCCAUUUGUGCGCACUGGCACUGGAUUGGGGAACCUAAUGGCAGCAUGGUGUGGCUGCAACUGGGGCUUAAACACACUAAGAAAACAUAGACACCCCCUUGGCAUUAAAAUAGUCAAUGAAUGAAUUGGACACUGUCUGAACUGACCGGGAGACUCCAAGAUCGAAGUGAAGCAGAAGUGGAAGAAGACUGGAAGAAAUUUAAAAUUUACUUAAAGAAUAAGCAUAUAAUAGAUUAGACUUAGUGGAAGUGAGGGAGAUAAAAUAGAGGUUGUAGAUAAUACAAUGGUGUAAAACAAGUAUUGUUAGAAAUUGAUGAUAAAUUAAUUAAGAAGAAGAUUUGGUUAGAAUAUAAAAGGUUAAGAUGUAAAAGAUAUAGAAACAAGGUAAUAUUAAAGUAAUAAUUAGAAAGUAUAUAAGAUUUAGACUUUACUACUGAAGAUAUGUAAAGAAUCGCAGAAGGAGGAGGAAUGAGGAAGUCAAUAGAUUAGCAACUAGGGUUAUAAGUCUGAAUUUUUGUUUUUAUAUUUUUUGUAUUGUUGUACUUUUUGU